CAGGUCAUCACUACUUCCUUGAAAUAAAAGGGAAAAUUCCCUUCACUUCUAUAUAAAUACCAGAGCUCCGAGAACACACAGUAGUACUGACAAACCAGCAGCUAGGAUCUAAUACAAAGACCUCAUCAACAACCUCUUAUCUCCCAAAAGACUCUAAGCAAGUCAAAAGAUGGAAUCAGAAAUUAUGUACAAUGCCAGCCAUUUGUCCUGCCCAGUGGUGGACUUGAAGAUUUCCCAUCAUCCUCUAACCAUGAGACGAGUGGUGAAUGUGGUCAUUGCCAUGGAGCGCAUCAAAAACAGCCUGGCCCAGGCCCUCCAGAGCCCUGACUUCAGAGAUGAAAAUCUGCUCAGCAACUUGUUGGAGAGCAUGGUAGAAGCGAGGUUUGUGACAGAGCGGUUUGCAGCACAACCUCAGUUCACCAGAGUUGCGGAGCUCCCUUGCAGUGUGUCUGACAGCCAAAAGAGGAACCUGGUCCUGGUCAACGAUAGCUUGAAGUUACAUGCAGUCAUGCUUCAGGGAGGCAGCGAGACACGCCAAGUUCACCUGAACAUGUCGACAUAUCGACCCCCACCCAGAACUGAGGGAAGACCAGUGGCCCUUUGCGUCAGAGGCACAAACUACUAUCUUUCCUGUCACCAGGACGGCGAUGUGCCAAGUCUGCACCUGGAGACUGUGGAAAACAAAGAUUUGCUUGCAAGCAUCAGCAAUGGCAGUGAUAUGGUGCGUUUCAUUUUCUACAAACAUGACACUGGUGUGGACCUGAGUUCUCUGCGCUCCGCUCGCUUCCCUGAGUGGUACAUCAGCACCUCAGACAUGGACAACCAGCCCCUACAGAUGUCUGCUCAGGCCUCCAGCUAUAGCGCCUUCUCCUUCCAGCUCCAGGGUUAGACCACCUCUGUUCACAGCACUACUGUGCACAGCAACAUUUCAUUUUGUAAUAUUAUUGUAUGUACUGAGUACAGAGUGUAAUGCCAGUGUAACGACACAUCACAUUUUGACAUAAGGGGUCGCUAUUUCAGUACAUGCAGUGCAUGUAAACCUAUUUAUUUAAUUUAUUUACUAUUUAUAAUAAUAAAUAUAUAGUGAUUUAUAUGACACUUUUAACUAACUCUAACCUAAAUAAAAUGUAAAAAGAAA